GAGGCGGGGUCCAGGGGUGGGGACUGGGCUGGCAGCAGACCUGGCGGAGCCGCCGGUGGGGGGCUAGUUUGUGCCAGGGCUGCGGGCCUGCGGGUUUAUUAUAGGCGGAGCUCGGUGGGAGCGUGCGGAGCGGAGCGGAGCCAGCAGCGGAGCCGCAGCCGAGCGGGACCCAGCCGGCCGCCCCGCAGGCAGCCCUCGCAGGACCGCAGCGCGCGGAGCCGGCCGAGCCCCGCCGAGCCCCCGUCCGGUAGCAUGAGGCGCGCGGCGCUGUGGCUCUGGGUCUGCGCGCUGGCGCUGCGCCUGCAGCCGGCCCUCGCGCAAGUGGUAGCCACGAAUGUGCCUCCCGAGGACCAGGACAGCUCUGGGGAUGACUCCGACAGCUUCUCUGGCUCAGGUGCAGGUGCUUUGCAAGACAUCCCCUCGUCCGCCUCCCCCUGGAAGGACACGUGGCUCCUGUCGGUGGGGCCCACGGCUCCAGAGCCCAGCGGCGGGGAAGCCACCGCCAUCUCCACCCCCAUCCUGCCGGCCGGAGGGAGGCCUGAGGAGGGAGAGGUGUCGGUGGUGUUGGAAACCAGGCCUGACAUCACUGCCCGGGAGAAGGAGGUGAACCCUGAACCCAGGGAGCCCACACAACUCCCCACCACCCAGAGGGCCUCGGCGGCUGGAGCCACCACGGCCCAGGUGACUGCCACCUCCCAUCCCCCUGGGGAUGUGCACCCCAGCCAGGCCGAGACCGCAGCUCCAGCGGUGCCUAGCCAGCCUGACGGGGAGGACGCAGGUCCUUCUGCCACGGAGGGUGCCACUGAGGACGGAGCCCACCAUGAGCUGCCAGUAGAAGAGGGCUCCGGGGAGCAGGACUUCACGUUUGACACAUCUGGAGAGAAUGUGUCUGUGGCCUCAGUGGAGCCUGAGGACCGGAGUGACACCGCCGUGGACCAGGGGGCCUCGCAGGGCCUCCUGGACAGGAAGGAGGUGCUGGGAGGGGUCAUUGCCGGCGGCCUCGUGGGGCUCCUCUUCGCUGUGUUCCUGGUGGGCUUCAUGCUGUACCGGAUGAAGAAGAAGGACGAAGGUAGCUACUCCCUGGAGGAGCCCAAGCAAGCCAACGGCGGUGCCUACCAGAAGCCCACCAAGCAGGAGGAGUUCUAUGCCUGAGCACCGCAGGCCGCCGGCCCCUGCGCUCGCUGGGCCCCACUUGCCUCUUCAUGAAGAACUGCAGGCCCUGGUCUCCCUGCCGCCGUGCGCCUCCCCGGCUCAGCUCGGGCCCUCUGGGCGCUCCCGCCCGGGCAGGUGGGGAGCUCACUCUGCUUCUCUGAUCUCCACUGGAGCCUUGGGCGCGAGGGUCUCUCACCGCCACCUCUCCACAGCUACGCCUGGCACCUCGCCAUUCUGGCUCAGUUUCUCCAAACUGGAGCGGCCCCUCCCGCUGGCCGUGGUGACGAAGGGGACCCCGCUGCUCUGGACCUGGAUGGCCCGCCCGGCCGGCCGCGUAGCGCUUACUGUACGGGCGGCAGGCGCGCGGGCCCAGCCGGGCCUCACUUUGGCCGUGGGGAGGUCUCACCUAGAUUCCCACUUGUUUUUGCACAUGUUUCCGCUAGUUUCUCUGUUCGCAGCCCCAGUAGACUUCAUGGCCCCCAGGUAAGUUAAGCCAGUUGAUUUGGUGUCCCCGUCUUCACUGCCCACAUCUACGUUCAGGAGAGAGAGAGCAUCAGGGUUAAGAAGACUGUUGUUUAGGUUUUUGUUUUUAACUAGGAGAACCAAGUCUGGAAGCCACGUACAGGGGUGCUUGGUGUGUGGCUGAGUUUGUCACUCAUGUACAACAGGGUAUGGACGAUCCAUUUGGUAGCCCCAUUUCUGCUGGCCGGUCCCGGUGCUGGGGGCAGCCACCUCUCGAGCAGUCAUGCCUGUGCCCAUGAACUCACGGCCACGGGUGGCCCAGCUCACUGUGACAGGGAGGAGCCGAUGAGGAAUCCGAUCCCGGCCCUCAGGCUGGGGCUGGAGGAGAGAGGACUGGGGCGAGUGGAGGUGGCGGCGAUGCCAGGCGCCCUCCUGCCUCUGGCAUCGCCUCCUGGGACACUUUCUCCUGGAAGCCGACAGGAGGUCAUAGCACACUGCUGCUGGCUCCUGCAGUAAGAACUGAGUUCUCCUCUGGCUCUCGCGGCUGCCGCCCAUGCCGGAGUCAGGAAUGUUCUCCAAAGAGUGAUAGUCUUUUGCUUUUAGCAAAACUCUACUUAAUCCAAUGGGUUUUUCCCUGUACAGUAGAUUUUCCAAAUGUAAUAAACUUUAAUAUAAAGGA